AUGAAUGACAGGCUCCAGUUCAGCAUAAGGUCAGUGUUUUUGGAGGCUCUGUUUGUUUGGUCAAAUUCAAGAUUAGCCAGUUUACGUCUCCUCUCAAAUGUUUUUAUUCUAUCCACAACUUUCAUUGUACCUCACACGGACAAAUAGAAAGCCAUAGUUAUACACACAAAAGUGUGAAGGGAAGUGCUACAAGAGAGGAUACGACAGCUUUGUCUGUUGUUCCUAGAGGACAAAGCUUUUAUCAGGCACUCUAUUUACAUAUCACACAAUGAAGCUUCUCAGAGGUGUCCCAUGACUCCCUGUUUCCUUUUGCUAUUGUAGAAUGUAGAACUGAUUACUCUGACAGAUACUAGUUACUGUAAACUAUGUUAGGAAUGUUGUUAGAAAUUAUUCUCAAUUAACAAUAGUAUUUAGUUAGUUGUAUUUGGGAUGGUUUGAUAAAUGGACUUCUCGGGACAGUCAAAUGCAAUUGAGUCAUCACUUGACUCAUGUCUUUAUCACUCCUGUUUCAGCCCUGCAGUCUUUCUCCGGUACGCCGGCACGAUGCGUGCAUUCUCCCGCCAUCACACCCUUCCCUUUAAGCUUGCCAUUCUAGCGGGUUCCCUCUUCCUGGUCCUGCUGCUCGUCAUGCAGUACGACGUGGGAGGUGGGAUUUCGCCUGAACCCUGGCUCCGGGAGCUGUCGAACAAACAGUCACAGGUGAUGGGUGUGGUCAGAGGUGCUGUGUCAAACAUGGGAUUUCAGAUCGGUGCCCCCCUGCCCCCUCCCUCAGAGCCUGAGACUAACCCCUUUGAUCCCCGCUGUCCACCCGGGUUCUACAGCAGAGAUGAGCUUCAACCUCACCUGGAUAGGCCCCUACAGGACCCAGAGGGCCCCGGGGCCUACGGCCGACCAUUUGUGAUGGGCAGGAUGACCUCUGCAGAGAUUAAAGAGAAGCAGGAUGGGCUGACCAAAAAUUGUUUCAACCAAUUUGCCAGCGACCGUAUCUCCCUGCACCGCAGCCUGGGUAAUGACACGCGCCACCCAGAGUGAGUACAGGGGGACUGAAAGAAAGCUAGUUUGGAGUGAUAUGUACAGUAUGUCCAUAUACAGUGCAUUCAGAAAGUAUUCAGACCCCUUGACUACUUCCACAUUUUGUUACGUUACAGCCUUAUUCUAAAAUGGAUUAAGUAGUUUUUUUUUUUUUUCCCCUCAUCAAUCUACACACAAUACCCCACAAUGACAAAGAAAGCAAAAACAGGUUUUUAGAAACGGAAAUGUUACAUUUACAAAAGUAUUCAGACCCUUUUCUCACUACUUUGUUGAAGCCCCUUUGGCAGAGAUUACAGCCUCGAUUCGUCUUGGGUAUGACGCCACAAGCUUGGAACACCUGUGCUUGGUGUACACACAAGACCUCAUAAUGACAAAGCGAAAAGAGGUUUUUGGAUUUUUUUUGCACAUUUUAUGAAAAAUAAGUUCUUUACAUAAGUAUUCAGACUCUUUGCUAUGAGACUCAAUCUCCCAUUCUUCAAAUAAAAUGUUAUUUGUCACGUGCACCGAAUACAACCGGUGUAGACCUUACCAUGAAAUGCUUACUUACAAGCCCUUAACCAACAAUGCAGUUCAAGAAAUAGAGUUAAGAAAAUAUUUACUAAAUAAAAUAACGAGGCUAUAUACAGGGGGUACCGAGUCAAUGUGCGGGGGUACAGGUUAGUCGAGGUAAUUUGUACAUGUAGGUAGGGGUAAAGUGACUAUGCAGAGAUAAUAAACAGCGAGUAGGAGCAGUGUAAAAACAAAGGGGGGGAGGGGGGUUAAUGUGAAUAGUCCGGGUGGUCAUUUUAUUAAUUGUUCAGCAGUCUUAUGGCUUAGGGGUACAAGCUGUUAAGGAGCCUUUUGGUCCUAGACUUGGCUCUCCGGUACCGCUUGCCGUGCGGUAGCAGAGAGAACAGUCUAUGACUUGGGUGGCUGGAGUCUUUGACACUUUUUGGGGCCUUCCUCUGACACCGCCUAGUAUAUAGGUCCUUGAUGGCAGGAAGCUUGGACCCAGUGAUGUACUGGUCUGUACGCACUACCCUCUGUUGCGCUUACGGUCAGAUGCCGAGCAGUUGCCAUACCAGGCGGUGAUGCAACCGGUCAGGAUGCUCUCGAUGGUGCAGCUGGAUAACUUUUUGAGGAUCUGGGGACCCAUGCCAAAUCUUUUCAGUCUCCUGAGGGGGGGAAAAGGUGUUGUCGUGCCCUCUUCACAACUGUCUUGGUGUGUUUUGGACCAUGAUAGUUUGUUGGUGAUGUGGACACCAAGGAACUUGAUACUCUGCAGAUCCUCUCAAGCUCUGUCAGGUUGGAUGGGGAGCGUCACUGCACAGCUAUUUUCAGGUCUCUCCAGAGAUGUUCGAUCAGGUUCAAGUCCAGGCUCUGGCUGGGCCACUCAAGGACAUUCAGAGACUUGUCCAGAAGCCACUCCUGAGUUGUCUUGGCUGUGUGCUUAGGGUCGUUGUCCUGUUGGAAAUUGAACCUUCGCCCCAGUCUGAGGUCCUGAGCGUUCUGAAUAAGUUUUUCAUCAAGGAUCUCUCUGUACUUUACUCUGUACGUUCAUCUUUACUCUGUACGUUCAUCUUUCCCUCAAUCCUGACUAGUCUCCCAGUCCCUGCUGUUGAAAAACAUCCCCACAGCAUGAUGCUGGCACCACCAUGCUUCACCGUAUGGAUGGUGCCAGGUUUCCUCCAGAAGUGACACUUGGCAUUCAGGCCAAAGAGUUCAAUCUUGGUUUCAUCAGACUAGAGAAUCUUGUUUCUCAUAGUCUGCCAAAAGGCAACUGAAGGACUCUCAAUCUCCAAGUGGGCUGUCAUGUGCCUUUUACUGAGGUGUGGCUUCCGUCAGGUCACUUUACCAUAAAGGCCUGCUUUGGUGGAGUGUUGCAGAGAUGGUUGUCCUUCUGGAAGGUUCUCCCAUCUCCACAGAGGAACUCUGGAGCUCUGUCAGUCACCAUUUGAGUUCUUGGUCACCUCCCUGACCAAGUCCCUUCUCCCCUGAUUACUCAGUUUGGCCAAGUGGCCAGCUCUAGGAAGAGUCUUGGUGGUUCCAAACUUCUUCCUUUUUAAGAAUGAUGGAGGCCACUGUGUUCUUCAAUGCUGCAAAAAUGUUUUGGUACCCUUCCCCAGAUCUGUGCCUAGACACAAUGUCUCGGAGCUCUACGGACAAUUCCUUUGACCUCGUGGCUUGGGUUUUGCUCUGACGUGCACUGUCAACUGUGGGACCUUAUAUAUAGACAGGUGUGUGCCUUUCCAAAUCAUGUCCAAUCAAUUGAAUUUACCUCCUAUCAAGUUGUAGAAACAUCUCAUGGAUGAUAAGUGGGAACAGGAUGCACCUGGGCUCAAUUUCGAGUCUCAUAGCAAAGGGUCUGAAUACUUAUGUAAAGAACGUAUUUUUUAUAAAUGUGCAAAACAAUUCUAAAACCUGUUUUCACUUUGUCAUUAUGAGGUAUUGUGUGUAGAUUGAGGGGAAAAAAAAGUAAUUUUAAUACAUUUUAGAAUAAAGCUGUAAUGUAAUGUAACGUGGUGAAAAAAGGGAAGGGGUCUGAAUACAUUCUGAAUGCACUGUAUAUGGAUGAUGUUUAUAAUCCAUCCAUAUGUUGUGUACAAUCGAAGCUCAUCUAGCAGAUCCCUUGGAGAAUAGCCACUUUGUUGUCUUUGACAGUUGUGUGGGUCAAAGGUUCCGGCACUGCCCUCCUCUCCCCACCACCAGUGUGAUCAUUGUGUUCCACAAUGAGGCAUGGUCCACCCUCCUGCGGACCGUUUAUAGCGUCCUGCACACUGCCCCUGCCUCCCUGCUCACAGAGAUAUUACUGGUGGAUGAUGCUAGCACAGAUGGUGAGUGCGGUAUGAAAGGUGUUGUAAGCCUGACUGAAAGUGACAGACUUGUCGUGACGUGACUUUCAUUAUUGUGAUGUCUAUUAUUUAUCUAAUAAUUACAUUUUUACAUUGACAUUUUAGUCAUUUAGCAGACGCUCUUAUCCAGAGCGACUUACAUGAGCAAUUAGGGUUAAGUGCCUUGCUCAAGGGCACAUCGACAGAUUUUUCACCUAGUCUGCUCGGAGAUUAGAACCAGCGACCUUUCGGUUACUGGCACAACGCUCUUAACCACUAAGCUACCUACUAUGUUUAAUUGUUACUAGAUUAAAUUAAUCAUGUAUCAAUUAAAUGGUUAGGAAUUUGCGGCACCACGGGAAAAGUUGUUUAACGAGUUACCGUUUCCCGAAUUAACUCUAAAGAUAUCUAGAUAUCGUUUAUCAUUUAAGAGUCAUUUAUUAAUAAUUUACCUCAUCAGUCUCAUUCUGAAAGUCAGACUCUUUAAGUCUGCACGAACCCGGUUCUUACUGAUCAAAUUGAUUUAAUUACUAAUUAAAAAUGAUAACACAAGAUACAAACACGUACACGGUAUAGGUAGGGAUUAGAAACUUAAUACAAUGAAAACGGGUCCCUAGCGGACUAACACAAUAUGACACUUGUUACAAAAGAUGGCGAGUUAAAGAGAGAGAACACUUGGAUACACAUGGACCUACGCUCACAGUAAUCCUAAUACUUUGCCCCGAACUGCUGCCCGUUUGGGAAGAAAAGCCAUGCAUGUAUUUAUAGUGGCUUGCGAAUGUAUUCACCCCCCUUGGCAUUUUUCCUAUUUUGUUGCCUUACAACCAUAAUAAUAAUAUGCCAUUUAGCAGACGCUUUAUCCAAAGCGACUUAGUCAUGCGUGCAAACAUUAUUAUUAUUUUUAAUUUUUUUGUAUGGGUGGUCCCAGGGAUCGAACCCACUACCUUGGCGUUACAAGCGCCGUGCUCUACCAGCUGAGCUACAGAGGACCACCCAUACUUUGAAUUAAAAUAUAUAUUUUUUUUGGGGGGGGGGGUUGUAUCAUUUGAUUUACACAGCAUGCCUACCACUUUGAAGAUGCAAAAUGUUUUUUGGUGCGAGACAAACAAGAAAAAAACUGAACUUGAGCGUGCAUAACUAUUCACCCCCCCCCCCCAAAGUCAAUACAUUGUAGAGCCACCUUUUGCAGCAAUUACAGCUGCAAGUCUCUUGGGGUAUGUCUCUCUAAGCUUGGCACAUCUAGCCACUGGGAUUUUUUCCCAUUCUUCAACGGCAAAACUGCUCCAGCUCCUUCAAGUUGGAUGGGUUCCGCUGGUGUACAGCAAUCUUUAAGUCAUACCACAGAUUAUCAAUUGGAUUGAGGUCUGGGCUUUGACUAGGCCAUUCCGAGACAUUUAAAUGUUUCCCCUUAAACCACUCGAAUGUUGCUUUAGCAGUAUGCUUAGGAUCAUUGUCUUGCUGGAAGGUGAACCUCUGUCCCAGUCUCAAAUCUCUGGAAGACUGAAACAGGUUUCCCUCAAGAAUUUCCCUGUAUUUAGCGCCAUCCAUCAUUCCUUCAAUUCUGACCAGUUUCCCAGUCCCUGCCGAUGAAAAACAUCCCCCAGCAUGAUGCUGCCACCACCAUGCUUCACUGUGGGGAUGGUGUUCUCGGGGUGAUGAGAGGUGUUGGGUUUGCGCCAGACAAAGCGUUUUCCUUGAUGGCCAAAAAGCUCAAUUUUAGUCUCAUCUGACCAGAGUACCUUCUUCCAUAUGUUUGGGGGAGUAUCCCACAUACCUUUUGGCGAACACCAAACGUGUUUGCUUAUUAUUUUCUUUAACAAUGGCUUUUUUCUGGCCACUCUUCCAUAAAGCCCAGCUCUGUGGAGUGUACGGCUUAAAGUGGUCCUAUGGACAGAUACUCCAAUCUCCACUGUGAAGCUUUGCAGCUCCUUCAGGGUUAUCUUUGGUCUCUUUGUUGCGCCUCUGAUUAAUGCCCUCCUUGCCUGGUCCGUGAGUUUUGGUGGGGGGCCCUCUCUUGGCAGGUUUGUUGUGGUGCCAUAUUCUUUCAAUUUUUUAAUAAUGUAUUUAAUGGUGCUCCGUGGGAUGUUCAAAGUUUCUGAUAUUUUUUUUAUAACCCAACCCUGAUCUGUACUUCUCCACAACUUUGUCCCUGACCUGUUUUGGAGAGCUCCUUGGUCUUCAUGUUGCCGCUUGCUUGGUGGUGCCCCUUGCUUAGUGGUGUUGCAGACUCUGGGGCCUUUCAGAACAGGUGUGUAUAUAUACUGAGAUCAUGUGACAGUUAGAUUGCACACAGGUGGACUUUAUUUAACAAAUUAUGUGACUUCUUCUGAAGGUAAUUGGUUGCACCAGAUCUUAUUUAGGGGCUUCAUAGUAAAGGGGGUGAAGACAUAUGCACGCACCACUUUCCGCUAUUUAUUUUGUAGAAUAUUUUGAAACAAGUAAUUUUUUUCACUUCCACUAUUUUGUGUAUGUCCAUUACAUGAAAUCCAAAUAAAAAUCUAUUUAAAUUACAGGUUGUAAUGCAACAAAAUAGGAAAAACUCCAAGGGGGAUGAAUACUUUUGCAAGGCAUUGUAUGUGUUGGAGGUCUUUGUUGUGUAUCUCUGUUGGACCCAGGCCUUUGUGGGAAGGGGUCGAUUGGGCCUUCUCUUCAGAUGGCCUUUUAGAUGUAAGGCUCAGAUUGUCCACAAUGUCCUUCUUAGUUGUCUGUUUACUUUCACUCGUUCUGGAAGUGGUCUUCUGAGGAUGGCUAAUCAGCCAUGUCGAUUAUCCCCUGUGGGGUGAUGAGAGCAGUGUAGUAGACGAUGGCUUGAAGAGAGUAACAGGAUGGUCCCACUUAAAUUCACUUUCUUAGAUACAGUACUUAGAACAGCUACUCAGCCGUAACAUUGAUUGUUAGUGGAGGCAACUUUGUCGUCUUCACCUCGUGUUGAUUUUCAGGAUCGGGACCAAUAUGGACAAAAGCUGCAGCUUGAGGUCUGUCUAGUCUGAUCUGAUAAUUCUUAUCUCAAUAUUUUAUGCACUCUGGUAAAGAGGGGCGUUUCCGUCAUACUGACACGCUCUCUGAGCUCCCUCGGGCGUGGCUAGUUACGAGGCAAAAGUAUUAUUAUCACUAUGAUCUUGUUAGAAAGCUAAAAUCACAUUCCUAUCUUCACGAAAACAUUGUCUUCCUCCUUGAUAUUUUCUACACAAGGUAAAGGAUGUAAGCCUGAUAUACACAGUGUAAAAGCUCUUCAAGUCAAUGUUUUUGUUAUAAUGCCUUUAUACUAUUUUUAAUGACAUCUCAAAAUAGACAUUUAUUUUCCAUAUUCCAUUUCUCAUCAUUCCCAAUGUUUGGAUGUUGAAAUAUAUUGUCCCAAUGUUCAUUAUUGGAUGUUGAAGUUUUUGGGCGGCAAAAAGUCUCUGAAACAAAGGCAUUCUUUUCACCCAUACUAGAAUGCCAGAGAGAUUCUCCUCCUCUCUAAUUUAUGGCAGUAUUAAGGUGUCAAGACCGGCACAGCCCCCCUGUGGGUAAGAUUCUGCAAGUUUGCAACCCACCAUAAAAUAAAUGACCACGGGAUGUCCUGCUUGUGGAUCAUCGUUGCGGGCCCGUCGUCCGGUUGUCCAGGCUGGUAGAUCUAGGCAGUAACUUACACAGACGUUAACAACGCACAACACUCAAGCAAUACAUCAUUACAUUUCUUCCCCAAAUGGGCGGCGUUGUGGCACUAACUGGUGGUCGUAUGGGGAACUUGUUUGUGGCAAUAUCACUUCCUUAGUGUCAAAGGAAAUACAAAAUCAAAGAAUAAAAACACAACAAAAUAUAGUUCCCCACCUUAAUCAUCUACUUGGACUCUUAUUCUAUGUACGCCCAUGGUCUUGGUUAAAUGACUCUAUCAUGACAUUUGUCUGUCAUAUCUAGGGCGAUCCUACUUGAAGGGGGGUAGUUAAGGUGCUCUCUAAAUGGCAUGCUCAAUGACAAAGCUUCCAUUGGUGGCACUACAGGGCUGACCUAACGAACUCUGGGGAAGAAGCUGGGGAUGCUGUGGAUGGGUCACCUGAUGGGGUUUUGGAAUCUAUUGCCAGUUUUCUGAAAAUCGGGAUUGCUUUCGUCCCAUAGGUGAUCCUAGCAUAAGACCUCAUUAGGUCUUCCAUUGCGCGUGUGCGCCUGUGUACAUAGUAGGUGCACACGCCAAGGGCAAUAAAACCAAGGAUCAUGGUAAGACAAGGAUACUGUCCGGCACCGUCCAAGAGCGGGUGACAGACCAAUCUUUUGUCUUUAUAGCCAAUCGGGUCAACUAAAAGUGCCUCAUUCAGUAUGCUAAGUUCAACAGUCAUUGGUCCCUCGUACUGAAUUUGGUGGUAACUCAAGGGAACGUUUAGCAAAAGCGUCAGGCAUUUCAAUAUCUGUGUCUAUCCUGUCGUCAGGAAAUUGGUAUAGGGCUAGGUCGUCUGUGGAUAAUCGCCCUCUCUCGUACCUUAACAAAAAUUGUCUGAUUGGGGAGGUUCAGUUGGGUGGUUGAGUCAUGGCGUUUGUAAGUCAUAGUGGCGGACGUGACUGGGGUGUUAAUCAGCCAUUGAUUCCCUACUACUUCCACUUGCGUGGUGGUGACUCCACCUCUUGCUGUUAGUUUGGCUCUACAGCGUUCUUCGCUGGUGACAGUCUUAAGGCCACAAAGGCGCUCAGUGUUAUCCCUGCCAAAGGGUUUGCUAGGACACAAGUAGGGGUGAGAUAGAAAUCUGGAUUGUGUUCCUGAUAAGCUACGACUGGAGGUGUGAUGAUUUUCACAUGGGUGUUGUCGCGCCAAAAUCCUACGUUUACAACUGUUUUCAACCUAUAGAUAUUCUCCAGUUCAACAACCGGCAGCGUCAGUAAAAAUCCCACUUCAUUUCGAUUAACAUCAACGUGUAUUGGAAUUUCAGACCCCAAACUAUAGGCCAGGUGUGACUGUAAUGGCUUUAUCAUGGUUAUGGUAGCUGAGGUCAAUAUGUUGUGCACCAUUGAGAAGGACACUAGAUAUGAGGGGAUUCUAUUCAUGGACAAGUGGUCCAUAGAAGAGCUAACUUCAAGGAGAAAAUCCUCCAACAACAAUCGAACCAAUUGGACAUGGGCAAUAGUCAUGGUUCAUGACCGACAGGAUGAUUUUUGUUCAGGAGAGUAGCGUGUGUGUUUACCACCAGAAUAGUGUCCUGGAGAGACCUUCCCACAUACUGCCACCUGAGUGCCUGUGAUUGCAUCUGUUGCUGGAUAAGUGGCAUCUCUUCAGUAAUCUCCCUAACAUUUAUUUUGACCAUGGCUAGACUGCGUUGACGGCAGUGGUACCUAGAGCAAAUAGUGACCCUACGGCUGCACCUAUUGAGAGUAGCGCCCCGAGGAAUCGUUUUUCUCGCCUGGGCUCUGCUAGUUCUGACAGGGUGACUGUGAACUUUUGGAGUUAGGCCAACAUGUGGGCAGUGUCUAGCUGAGCGUGCUUAACUGCCUGGGUGGUCCAGUCAGCCCCGGCCCAACUCAUAUGUGCCGCAGGGGAAAUGUGUUGGCGGUACAUGUUCUCUGCAUCUAGGACGUACACCCUCUGCGUGUGUACUCUGCAGUUGGUUAUAAGGAGUCCUGGAUCAUCACGGAGAACGAUUCCCGUAGGGGGUCCACUCGUGAGUACAUCUGCUGGGUUGGUUUUGACCAGGGAGCAGAUUGUCAGUAUCAUCCAAAGGAUAUUGUUUGAUUAUUUGUUGUUUUGUUAGUUUUUUUGAAAGAAAAUCAAAUGUAGCUGAUUUUCCUAUUUUGAACAGCACAACGCAGGACAAUAUCAACAAUGACAACGAAAUGUGUGUCUUGUAGCUGGGAAGAGAAGAAAAGAUGUUAGGUGCAAUGUACUGACCUCCUGGAAGGGAUCAGCUGAGGAUACUUAAAAAUGUUGUUAGUACCUCUGAUUGGCUAGGUUUCUAUCCAUUCGGGACUGUACAACUUGAUUUGGUUCCUGUGGACCCACUUGAACGUGAUGUUCUGUCGACCUUUGCUGAUUCUGAUUUGAUAAGCAACAGGUGACAGCUUUAACACAAUCUCAUGUGGCCCUGUCCAGUGGGGCAGGAACUUUUUCACAAUGGCCACGGGUUUGGUGUAUACGUAGUAACACCGUAUCCCCGACCUCAAACUCCUGGUGUGAGGCCUUUUUGUCGUAAUGGGUCUUGUCACCUUCCAAACUUCUUUCCAACUUUCCUUGAGCGUACGCAAAGGUAGUCUGGAGGUGGGUUCGCAAGUCCAUCACACAUUGAUGGGCCGUGUACGCGGCGACAUCUCCCGGUUGGUACAGGAGAUGCAGUGGAAGCGUCAUUUGCCGGCCCGUCAUCUCAAAUGGUGUUAUUCACAUAGACAUGUUGUGUGUGGCUCUGAUCGCCCUCAAUACGAGUGGGAGUUUGAGGUCCCAAUCUUUGUGGUUGGCUGCCACAUAUUUCCUCAAGAUUGUGACGAUUGUUUGGUUGCUCCUUUCUACCCUGCCGGAGCUCCAAGGGUGGUACGCGAUGUGGAGUUUAGCUUUGACUCCCAGGAGCCGCCACAGCUCGGUCAUUACAGCAGCCGAAAAAUGGGUUCCUCUGUCGCUGUCCACGGUUGCUCCUGGCAGGCCGAAACGACUGAAAAUGUGGUUGAGCAAAAGAACGGCCGUGGUUUCCGCUGUGUCAUUGGGUGCGGGCAGGCACUCCACCCACUUUGUGAAUGCGCAAAUCACUGUGAGGAGAUAAUUGUUGCCUCUUGCCGACCUGGCAACUGGGCCGACCCAGUCGUUCUGGAUCGAGCUCCAAGGGUAAGACACUGCAAGGGUGCUCUGAAGUGGCUUGGAGGGUUGAAACUGGCAGCAAACUAGACACCCCUUCACGUAUUUUGCCAAGUCUUGUUCCAUGUGAGCAAUCUUUCACAUGUAGCCUUGACCCCCCUAUGGUCCCCACAUGGCUCGUCGUGGUCAUGAGCUAUCAUUAUCCCCCUCUGUGUUUUAGGAACCACCCACCCCUUUGUGUGUCGUCGGUUUCUGAAACAUAAACCAGUUGGUCAUCUACAAGUGUGAGGUGCUGUUUAGUUACGGACAGCGAACGCAAGUCGUGUGAGCCUGCCAAAGCCAGCUCGGACCCUGGGUGAUUGAUAGGAUCAGACAAAGACAGAGAGAUUCUCCUCCUCUCUAGUUUAUGGCAGUAUUAAGGUGUCAAGUCCGGCACAGCCCCCUGUGGGCAAGAGGGUCUGGUUGUUGUCGGCCAUUUGCUGAUGUGAGGCCUUUGAUCCUCACGCAGGGAGAGUCAUGACACUGUCCUGGCACAGACCUUUAAGACUUUACAUAAACGUUUGAUAAGAGCAUUUGCAAAUGGGAACACAUGGGUUAUUACCCUACUGCUCUCUUGUACCUCUCCACAGUGACAUUUAUAGAACAAUGCCAGAGUUUAUAUUAUAAACUGGGUGGUUCGAGCCCUGAAUGCUGAUUGGCUGACAGCUGUGGUAUAUCAGACCGUAUACCACGGGUAUGACAAAACCAUUUAUUUUUACUGCUCUAAUUACGUUGGUAACCAGUUUAUAAUAGCAAUAAGGCACCUCAGGGGUUUGUGGUAUAUGGCCAAUAUACCACGGCUAAGGGCUGUAUCCGGGCACUCCGCGUUGCGUCGUGCUUAAGAACAGCCCUUAGCCGUGGCAUAUUGGCCAAAUACCACACCCUGCUCGUGCCUUAUUGCUUAAAUAACUCCCAGUAGCAAUUAUCUCAGUAGAAUACAUAUCUACCUCAGUGGAUUGAUGUAAUCCAGCUGCAUUUUACCAUCCUCAUGCAAUGGUUUUCAGAUCACCUGAAGUCUCGUCUGGAUGAGUAUGUCCUGCAGCUGAAGAUUGUGCGUGUGCUACGACAGCGGGAGAGGAAGGGGUUAAUCACUGCCAGACUACUGGGGGCACAGACGGCUCAAGGAGAGAUCCUCACCUUCCUUGAUGCCCACUGUGAGUGUUCCAGCACACACUGCAAACCAUAGAAUUAGGAAUUAGAAUACAAUUUUAGUAAUUUAAUAGGAUCUGUAAACGGCAGACCUUGUCAGGAAGGGCUGUCUUCUUGCAGGAAGCUCCUGGCACUUUCUUCUCUUGACAGCUGAUCAACUAUUUUAUACUACUCCUAAGCAGCAGCAGCAGCAGCAUCAAAGCCCCUUCUUAGAUCUGACAUUUGAAAUUGUCAUCACAUAAGUCAGUUAAAAGAAACUGAAGAUGAUUGAGGGAAUAUAUUAAUAUGAUAUGCCUGUUUGUGUGUCUCUCUUUUUCAUCCCUGGUUAGGUGAGUGCUUCAAUGGCUGGCUGGAACCCCUCCUGGCUCGGAUAGUGGAGAAGCCCACUGCCGUGGUCAGCCCUGAGAUUGUCGUCAUCGACCAAAACAACAUGAAGUUCACCAAACCCCUUGCCACAGCUCGUGCACAUAACCGUGGAAACUUUGACUGGAGCCUCAUCUUUGGGUGGGAGCAGAUCCCUGAGAAAGACAAAAAGCAACGCAAGAAUGAAACGUAUCCUGUCAGGUACUUUAUACACACACACUCACUUGUGAAUUGAUGUCAUACUGAACAUAAAUAUACUGUCUACUCCUAGGACUCCUACCUUUGCCGGUGGUCUGUUCUCUAUUUCUAAGACUUACUUUGAGCACAUCGGGACCUACGACGACAAGAUGUUGAUCUGGGGAGGUGAGAAUGUGGAGAUGUCCUUCAGGGUAAGUUAUGCAGAAUGUGGAAGGGCAGGAAGUACAUCAACAAUCAUGUUGGCCUGACUGAUGUUGGUGGUUAAUGUAGACUUUAGCCCUCUGCUGGUCAAAGCAGACACUGCUUCGUUCUGUACUCUGAUUCCCUUCAUGGUUACUUCCUGUCUUCCCAAGGAUACUUUUAUUUUGUCACUGUUGCGCCAAGCUUGUGCCUCAGCCAUUCAGUCCAUGCCCUUUUCUGUGUCUACUCCAGUGACCUGGAAUACCCUGUGUGAUGUAUUGUAGGUGUGGCAGUGUGGAGGCCAGCUGGAGAUUAUACCCUGUUCAGUGGUGGGACAUAUAUUCCGCAGUAAGAGCCCUCACACCUUCCCCAAAGGCACGUCUGUGAUAACCCGCAACCAGGUGCGCCUAGCUGAGGUCUGGAUGGAAGACUACAAGCAGAUCUUCUACCGCAGGAACAAGAAGGCUGCCACCAUUGCCAAAGAGGUUGGGAAUAGUGUCCCCUCACAAAAUGUUUUACACAUGACACUAAUGUUCUCACACUGUUAGUUACACAUCGCUCUUCUGUGUAAAGAGUGGUAUUGUACUGUAGCCUGCAUUAUUGUUUACAUAAUGUAAAAAUGACACCUCGCCAUCAUUGUUUUAAUGUUAUUCUUCCUGUUCACUCAGAACACAUAUGGUGACAUCUCCGAACGCCUCAAACUCAAAGAGAAGCUAAACUGCAAAAACUUUACAUGGUACUUGCACAACGUUUACCCAGAGGCCUAUGUUCCAGACCUCACCCCUGUCAUGUUUGGAGCGGUAAUGUUAUUUAAUUAACUUUCAUUAGAAAUUGGGUUGUCAGUUUAUAAAUACUCAUUCACUUUUUUAUUUGUAUUCUGCAAAAAUUAUAUUUUAUCAGCUCAAGAACUCCGGCUCAAAGACUUGCCUGGAUGUGGGAGAAAAGAAUAAGGGUGGGAAACCGGUUAUCUUAUACACAUGCCACAACAUGGGAGGAAACCAGGUACUUUAAUCUAAAUAUAAACUGGGUGGUUCGAGCCCUGAAUGCUGAUUGGCUGACAGCCGUAGUAUAUCAGACCAUAUACCACGGGUAUGACAAACAUUUUAUUUUUACUGCUCUAAUUACGUUGGUAACCCGUUUAUAAUCGCAAUAAGGCACCUCUGGGGUUUGUGGUAUAUGGCCAAUAUACCACGGCUAAGGGCUGUAUCCAGGCACUCUGUAAUUGGCCAUAUACCACACCCCCUCAGGCCUUAUUGCUUAAAUAUACAAUAUGCAGAGCCGUGUGUGCACGUUUAUAAUUGCCACACAGAUUUUUUUCUAACAGAACAUUUCUGUGUGUAGUAUUUUGAGUACACAUCCCACCAGGAGCUUCGUCACAACACAGGUAAGCAGCUGUGUCUACAAGCGACCCCCGGGGUGGCGCUGGUGUCCAUAAACUUCUGCCGCCUGAAGGGCAAAGGAACUACAGUGGCCCCCGAGCAAGUGUGGCAUUUCACACCGGUACGUAACCAUGACAUUGUAAACUGUCAACAUAUAUAUAUUUUAUCGGUUCAUUAGUUUCACAUUUACACUCUAAUAAUAAAUAUCUUCUCCACUGCUCUGGAAGUGUUACUGCAGGUCUUGUACAUGGGUUUGUUUCAUAUACAGUAUGUGGAAACCAUUUUUUCCUCUUCACAAGGACACAUUACUGAUUGAGGCUUGUAUGUCAUGCAACACAAGGACAUUAACAACUUUACAGUAUACACAUGCUGUUACACACAUUAGCUAUGUUCAUGCUGCACUGUUUUCAGGAGGCAAGUGCAGAACAGAGCAUUGUGGUCACUUACAGCGCACAAUAGCCUUUUAUUGUUUUUAUUUAUUGUUCUUAUUUGUGUGUGUGUGUGUGUGCGCGCACAGGGUUCUCUCCUAAAGAAUCCCUCCUCGGGCAAAUGCUUGACAGUAGACGGAGGUGAAGUGGUGAUGAGUAACUGUGACUUGGCCAAUCUCGGCCAACACUGGACCCUCAGCUGA